GGAGUCUAGCCACGCCCAUAUGCAAAAAGACGAGGGCAGCUGCGAAGCCGAAGCCGCCGCAGUCCCAGAAGCCUUUGGGAAGCUGCGGCGCUGCGCGCGCGACUCGUUGGUGACAGGGAAGAUGGCGGCGCCGGGUCCGGAGAGGAGCCGGUGACCAUCCUCGGUGCCCGUCCCUGCAGCCCGGCUCGUGGCACUGGGCGCCAUGGACCUGGCUUACGUCUGCGAGUGGGAGAAAUGGCCCAAGAGCACCUACUGCCCAUCGGUGCCCCUGGUGUGCGCCUGGUCCUGCCGCAACCUCAUUGCCUUCACCACGGACCUGCGCAACGACGACCAGGACCUGACCCGCCUGAUCCACAUCCUGGACACGGAGCACCCCUGGGACGUCCACUCCAUCCGCUCGGAGCAUGACGAGGCCAUCACGUGUCUCGAGUGGGACCAGUCGGGCUCCCGGCUCCUGUCGGCUGAUGCCGAUGGACAGGUCAAGUGUUGGAGCAUGGCAGACCACCUGGCCAACAGCUGGGAAAGCCCAGUGGGCAGCCUGGCGGAGGGGGACCCCAUCGUGGCCCUGUCCUGGCUGCACAACGGCGUGAAGCUGGCGCUGCACGUGGAAAAGUCGGGCGCCUCCAGCUUCGGCGAGAAGUUCUCCCGGGUCAAGUUCUCGCCGUCCCUCACGCUGUUCGGUGGCAAGCCCAUGGAGGGCUGGAUCGCCGUGACCGUCAGCGGCCUGGUCACCGUGUCCCUGCUCAAGCCCAGCGGGCAGGUGCUGACGUCCACCGAGAGCCUGUGCCGGCUGCGCAGCCGCGUGGCCCUGGCCGACAUCGCCUUCACGGGCGGCGGCAACAUCGUGGUGGCCACGGCGGAUGGCAGCAGCGCCUCGCCCGUGCAGUUCUACAAGGUGUGCGUGAGCGUCGUCAGCGAGAAGUGCCGCAUCGACACUGAGAUCCUGCCAUCCCUCUUCAUGCGCUGCACCACCGACCUCAACCGCAAGGACAAGUUCCCCGCCCUCACCCACCUCAAGUUCCUGGCCCGCGACAUGUCAGAGCAGGUGCUGCUGUGUGCGUCGGGCCCGACGAGCAGCAUCGUGGAGUGCUGGUCGCUGCGGAAGGAGGGGCUGCCCGUCAACAACAUCUUCCAGCAAAUCUCGCCCGUGGUUGGCGACAAGCAGCCGAUGAUCCUCAAGUGGCGGAUCCUGUCGGCCACCAACGACCUGGACCGCGUGUCAGCCGUGGCGCUGCCCAAGCUGCCCAUCUCACUCACCAACACGGACCUCAAGGUGGCCGACGACACCCAGUUCUACCCCGGCCUCGGGCUGGCCUUGGCCUUCCACGACGGCAGCGUCCACAUCGUGCACCGGCUCUCGCUGCAGACCAUGGCCGUCUUCUACAGCUCUGUGGAUGAGCCGGCCGUCAAGCGCCCCCGGACCACCGGCCCUGCCGUCCACUUCAAGGCCAUGCAGAUGUCCUGGACCUCCCUGGCGCUCGUGGGGAUCGACAACCACGGCAAGCUCAGCAUGCUGCGCGUCUCGCCCUCCAUGGGCCACACGCUGGACGUGUCCCUGGCGCUGCGGCACCUGCUCUUCCUGCUGGAGUACUGCAUGGUGACGGGCUACGACUGGUGGGACGUGCUGCUGCACGUGCAGCCCGGCAUGGUGCAGAGCCUGGUGGAGCGGCUGCAUGAGGAGUACACGCGGCAGAACGCGGCGCUGCAGCAGGUGCUGUCCACCCGCAUCCUGGCCAUGAAGGCCUCGCUCUGCAAGCUGUCGCCCUGCACCGUGGCCCGCGUGUGCGACUACCACGCCAAGCUCUUCCUCAUCGCCGUCAGCUCCACCCUCAAGUCCCUGCUGCGCCCGCACUUCCUCAACACGCCCGACAAGAGCCCCGGCGACCCGCUGUGUGCCCGGGCCGGCUGUGUACCUCGGCCCGCUGUGUGCCUGGGCCCACUGUGUACCGGUGCCCGCUGUGUGCCUCGGCCCUCUGUGUGCCUGGGCCCGCUGUGUGCCUGUGCCCGCUGUGUGCCCGGGCCGGCUGUGUGCCUGGGCCCGCUGUGUGCCCGGGCCGGCUGUGUGUACCUCGGCCCGCUGUGUGCCUGGGCCCACUGUGUGCCUGGGCCCGCUGUGUACCGGUGCCCGCUGUGUGCCCGGGCCGGCUGUGUGCCCGGGCCAGCUGUGUACCUCGGCCCGCUGUGUGCCCGGGCCGGCUGUGUGUACCUCGGCCCGCUGUGUGCCCGUGCCCGCUGUGUGCCCGGGCCAGCUGUGUGCCCGGGCCGGCUGUGUGUACCUCGGCCCGCUGUGUGCCUGGGCCCGCUGUGUACCUCGGCCCGCUGUGUGCCUGGGCCCGCUGUGUACCUCGGCCCUCUGUGUGCCCGGGCCGGCUGUGUGUACCUCGGCCCGCUGUGUGCCCGUGCCCGCUGUGUGCCCGGGCCGGCUGUGUGCCUGGGCCUGCUGUGUGCCCGGGCCGGCUGUGUGUGCCUGGGCCGGCUGUGUGCCUGGGCCCGCUGUGUGCCUGGGCCCGCUGUGUGCCCGGGCCAGCUGUGUGCCCGGGCCGGCUGUGUGUACCUCGGCCCGCUGUGUGCCUGGGCCCGCUGUGUGCCUGGGCCCGCUGUGUACCUCGGCCCGCUGUGUGCCCGGGCCGGCUGUGUGUACCUCGGCCCGCUGUGUGCCUGGGCCCACUGUGUGCCUGGGCCCGCUGUGUACCGGUGCCCGCUGUGUGCCCGGGCCGGCUGUGUACCUCGGUCCGCUGUGUACCGGUGCCCGCUGUGUGCCUGGGCCGGCUGUGUGCCUGUGCCCGCUGUGUGCCCGGGCCGGCUGUGUGUGCCUGGGCCGGCUGUGUGCCUGUGCCCACUGUGUGCCUGGGCCGGCUGUGUGCCUGGGCCCACUGUGUACCUCGGCCCGCUGUGUGCCUGGGCCGGCUGUGUGCCCGGGCCGGCUGUGUGUGCCUGGGCCGGCUGUGUGCCUGUGCCCGCUGUGUGCCUGGGCCGGCUGUGUGCCUGGGCCCGCUGUGUACCUCGGCCCGCUGUGUGCCUGGGCCUGCUGUGUCAGCUGUAUGCCCGGGUGUCCUCUCUCCUCCAAGCCCCCUGCAGGGCCACUGCCCACGAGGAGGCCGGCUGUCCAGUGGCAAUGGUCCGUUCAGGGAGGGGAGGAGCCUGCAGUGACUGCUCCAGGCCACAGGACGCUACGGGGCGGGGGCUCGCCUCCCGCCCGGGCCUGAGCCCCCGGGGCCCCUUCCUUCCUGCCCUGCCCGAGCCCUUGAGCCUGCCCCGGGUCCCCAUCUGGAGAGCGGGGCCAGGACACCCUGCGCGUUUCUGGGCUGAGAGUCUGGGCUGGAAGUGA